AUGGAUUUAGAUAAUCAAAAUGAAAUACCACAUGUAGACAUAACAAAAAAUGGCCAAACUAAUUUAGAGGACCCUGCUAUGUCAACUUUCUUUAAUCGAUUAAUAGAGCCUAGCACCAGUUCACUGUCUGACCAACAAGAGCAAAACGUGUUAAGGAAGUCCUUCGAGUCCCACAACGUUAGUGAUUACAUUGAUAGUGAAGAUUCAUGGAAGCCAGCCUCAUCGUCUAGUGGUUCAGAUGAAGAUGAGUCAGCUCAACAAAUUGAAGAAGAAACGAGUGUUGGUAAAAGAGGAUAUAGGAAAAUAAAACCUUUACCAAAACGUCUAUUAUCAAAAAAAAAUCGCAGUGCGGCUAUGGGGAAAUCUGUUCAACCUAAUCCUUGCAUGAAUAAAAGAUGCGGUAAUUCAUGUGCAAGUAAAUUUACUGAAGACGAUCGUACUAAUAUUUUUGAAAACUAUUGGGGAUUAGGUUGUGCUAAAAGACAGAAAGAUUUUCUAUUGUCAUGUGCUAAGGAGAAACCAAUUGGCAGAAAAAGAGCUAAUAGUAAUAUUCGCACAAAAUCAUAUGAUUAUUUUAUAAACUACAAUGGACGAGUAUUAAAAUACACCCUUGAAAAUGCCAAUACCAUUUUGAAUACCACUCUAGAAGGCAGCAGAACCCGUCAUCCUCAUAAUAAAGCUGGUGAAGUGGAAGUUGCACAGAUAAAAUCGUUUAUUGAGAUGUUGCCCGCAGUUCCAUCCCAUUAUUGUCGCAAUAAAAGCACAAAAGUCUAUUUACCUCAAGAGUUUCAGAACCUAUCGUUUUUGUAUACACUGUAUGUUCAACAUUUGAAAGAAAAUAAUCUAGAAUCAUCCAUUUUAUCAAAAAGAGUAUUUCGUCAUAUAUUCAAAACAGAUUUUAAUAUCGGAUUUCAUUUGCCUAAAAAAGAUAAAUGUAUGUUUUGUGAGAAAUACAAAAAUUUGCCAUCUGAAAACAAACCAAUUUUUGAACAAACCAUUGAAUAUAAAAAUCACAUGCUGGAUAAAGAAAAAUGCAAGCUACUGUUUUUAGAAGAUCAAAAAAUUUCCAAAAUAGCGGAUUCUAACGCCUUAUGCGUGAGCUUUGAUUUACAAAAAGUCCUGAAUACGCCACAUGGUAAGAGUGUGACCUUAUAUUACUCAAGAAAAUACGCAUAUUACAAUGAAAGUAUCUAUGAAAGUGGCACAAGGAAUGGAUAUUGUUAUGUGUGGGGUGAAAGCCAGGGAAAAAGAGGCUGUAAUGAAAUAGUUACAGUUCUUUUUAAUUAUUUGAAUAUGUUAGAUCAAAAAGGUACCCAUACUAUCGUCAAUUUAUAUUCUGACAGUUGUGCUGGGCAAAAUAGAAAUCGUGCUAUGAUAUCCAUGUUAAUUUAUUUUUUGAAAACUGCAAAAAAUAUUACUCAAAUAAAGAUUACUUAUCUUUUACCUGGACACACCAUGAUGCCUGUUGAUUCUAUUCACAGCACCAUUGAAAGUUUUGUUCGUAAUAGAACAGUAUGGGCUCCAUCUGAAUGGCCGACUAUGAUUACUAAUGCCAGAUCUAACCCUAAAGGCUACGUAGUAAAUGUUUUAAAUUAUGGAGACUUUAAGGAUUGGAAGUCCUAUUCACAAGCUUUAUUACCAGCCAAAUUCAAAAUAAAUUUUAAUUCGUUGAGAGUGGUGCAUUUUCACAAAAAUAAUCCUGUUGUUUUAUUCAAAUAUGGAUUUUCCGAAGAUUGUGAACAUAAUACACUUAACUUGGACUUCGUCAUAAGAUCAAGAGCAAGCAAUGCUAUUGUACAAAAAGGACCCGCACCCUUAUACGACAACGAGCUCAGUAUUUCAGCAGCUAAAUACAAAGAUCUAAAGGAGCUAUGUAACAAAAAUGUAAUACCAAACAGAUACCAUGAAGAAUACUUGAGUUUGAGGCAUAAUGAAACCAUACGUGACACUUUACCUGAAACGGAUGAAGAUGACUCAGAUAAGGAGAAUUGA